CCGCCAUGGCCAGCCAGUCGCAGGGCAUUCAGCAGCUGCUGCAGGCCGAGAAGCGGGCCGCCGAGAAAGUGUCGGAGGCCCGCAAGCGAAAGAACCGGAGGCUGAAGCAGGCCAAAGAAGCAGCUCAGGCUGAAAUUGAACAAUACCGUCUGCAAAGAGAGAAGGAGUUCAAGGCCAAGGAAGCUGCGGCUCUGGGAUCCCAUGGCAGCUGCAGCACCGAAGUGGAGAAGGAGACCCAGGAGAAGAAGACCAUCCUCCAGGCCUACUACCAGCAGAACAGGGAUGAAGUCCUGGAUAACCUGCUGGCCUUUGUCUGUGACAUCCGGCCAGAAAUCCAUGAAAACUACCGCAUAAAUGGAAAGGGGAGGAAGGAGCAGCUCUGCGUGCAGAUUGGCAUGUUCGAUGCCGUUAUGGAAUACGAAGCUUCAGCAAAGCUUGAGUAGUCACAUCCUUGUGAAAAGGCAUUAAAUUAUUUCUGUAUAUCAUGUAGUAGGUCCCUUCACUUCUUGGAGAAUAGCAAAUCUAGCUGCUUUGUACAAACGUAGAGCUUAUCCAAAGAUUUUCUCCUUUUACCUCAUGUUUCUUAGAAAUUUAAUGUGUAUGCGUUGUCUGUUUUCCUAUGCCUUUUAGCUCAAGCAACAUAUGUAUCAGUACUUUUUCUUUCUUAGAUGUAG